AUGAUAGGGCCUAAAAUUGAGUAUCCAGAUAUAAAAGAAAUCAAAUGGAGACAAGCUGAAGAAGUUCGAGAAGCUCGACGUAGAAAUAAGCUUCUUACUCUUUAUGGAUCAUUUCGGCAUUAAUUUUUCUAUUUUAUUUUUAAAAAAAAAUUAGAAAAAUAAAUAUUAUAAGAAAUUAGAGAAAGAAAUGCAAAAAGCGUUAUGGAAAGAAGACUAGAAGAUCAAGAAACAAUUGAUAGGCUAUUAAAAGCAAUUAAGGAAUUAAAACGGAAAGAAGAAGAGGAGCUUAAAUCUACAAGUGAAAGCCAUGAGGAUUUAAAACUCACAAAAAGCCAUAGCACUUCGAAGUUUGAAAAGAAUGGAAAAUUAAUUGAUAAGCUGGUUGACGUAAUUCAAGAUUUAAAAUAUAAAGAAGGCUAUGACUAUAAGAUCCCAAAGGAGGUUCAAGAUGUACUAAAACUUACAAAAAGCAUAAGUUCUACCAAUUUCCCACAGGAUAAUAGAGGAUAUUAUAAUAAAACUCCUGAAAUUAGAAGUUUCGCCCAUAGAGAAGAAGAGAUUUUGGGAAAUAAAAAUCAAAGUGAUGUUGAUUAUGUUAAAAAUAGCAAUAAUUUUGACGAGAGGGGUGAAGCUAGGAAUAGGCUGAAAAAAGAGGUUUUAGAUAAAAAUUAUAAACCACAAUGAAUUGAAGAAAAUCAAAAAGGAAACAAAGAACAUGUUUAUUAUAGAGGAAAUGGGAAAAUAGACGCAUUUGAUAAAGAAAUUCAAGGCAUAAAAGAUAGAGAAGGGCAGGCUUAUAAUGAAAUAAAUAAAAACAUAGCUGAAAUAGGCUACAAAGAGAUUCAUGACUUAAAAUAUAAAGGAGACUUAAAUCCAAUUGAAAAUAAUGGAAAAUCUCCUGAAAAAUACCAUAAAGAAGAAGCCAAUAUAAAGCACAAUGAAGAAUUUAAUUUAAUAGGAAUUAAUGAAAAAGAAAUCAAGAAUACUCAUCAAGAGCUCUAUAAUAUAAAAGAAGAAGGAAAAAAUGACAGUUAUGAAAAAGGAAAGGACAAAGAUAAUAAAGAACUCAAUGAAGAUUGGCAAGAUCACAACUGAAAAGAAAAAAAUAAAAGAAAAAAUCUAGUUCAAAAUGAUUUUGGGACAAAUGGGAAAAUAUCAGAUGAAAAUGGUAGAGAAAUCAAAUGGAAAAAAUAUAGAGAAAGCGAGGAGUGAAGGGCAGCAAAUUUUGGCCAAAGAAAAAGCAAGCCUUCUAAAAGUGAUGAAUCUUUAAAUUACCAAACUAGCUUAAAAGAAAGAGAGCCUGCAAAUUUUUUAAAAGAAAAUCAAGAAUUAGUUGACGAAAAUAAAAGAGAAUUAAAAAACGCAAAAAACAGCUAUUUUGUUGAUGAUAUAGCUUAUAUCCCUUUAUAGAUUUCUUUAUCGAGCAAAAUGUACUGGAUUAUUGAACGACCAAGAGAGACUCUAUUAAAGGAACGGGCUGGAUAUCUGUAUCAGGAAGUGCUAAAAAGUGACAUGCCAAAAAUGGUGUGACAAGCCUGAAAAAAGUUGACAAGUAAACGCGCCAAUUUUUAAAAUGGAUUUAUUAUUAAAAAUAAUUUAAAACUUAAGAUACUCAAUUAUACAGAAGAUAUAAAUUACACAUUAUAUAUUGGCUUUAAAUAUUUUGAUUUAUAUAUAUUUAAAUUUAAUAAUAGCUGUGAAAAUCAAAAAUUUGCAACUCGAUGUGCAUUUUUCCGGCUCGAUAGAAUUUCUUUAUUUUAUGCUAAUUUUAUAUAUGAAGACUAGAGCUAUAAUUUGCAAAGUGCGUGGAUUGUGAUUCUCAAUAUAUAAGAAGUUCUUAUCGACUCAUAUGAGAAGUAUUUAGCAAAAAUCAAUAUGGCUUGUAAGUGAAAAUCAAAAAUUUGCAACUCAAUGUGCAUUUUUCCGGCUCGAUAGAAUUUUUUUAUUUUAUGCUAAUUUAUUUAUGAAGACUAGAGCUAUAAUUUGCAAAGUGCGUGGCUUGUGUAUCUCAAUAUAUAAGAAGUUCUUAUCGACUAAGAUGAGAAGUACUUAGCAAAAAUUUAAUAUGGCUCAUAAGUGAAAAUCAAAAACUUUCAACUCAAUGUGCAUUUUUCCGGCUCGAUAGAAUUUCUUUAUUUUAUACUAAUUUAUUUAUGAAGACAAGAUCUAUAAUUUGCAAAGUGCGUGGAUUGUGAUUCUCAAUAUAUAAGAAGUUCUUAUCGACUCAUAUGAGAAGUACUUACUCCCCCCCCCCCUCCGUGAGCGAACAAAAAAAUUUUGUUCGCUCACGGAGGGGGGUUAAUUUUUUUUUUAAAAAAAAUUUUUAUAUAUAAAUUUUAUAAAAAAUAUUUUUUUCGAAAUUUAAAAAAAUCCUAAUUUGCAAAAAUUGGGAAGCAAAUAUUAAUUUAAUUUGCAAAAUUUAUGUUUUAAAACGCAAUUUGUUUAAAAUUAAACAGAAUUAGCUCUAGAUUUCAUUAUACUAAUUAUCACUUAUAUAUCAAAAUUUUUUUCCAUUAAAAUUUUUUCUAUUAAAAAAAUUUUUGUUCACUCACGGAGGGUGGGUUGUUGGUCAAAAAAUGGCGAUUUUUCUAAUGGUUUUGUUCGCUCACGGAGGGGGGGGGGGGGAGUUAGCAAAAAUCAAUAUGGCUUGUAAAUGAAAAUCAAAAAUUUGAAACUCAAUGUGCAUUUUUCCAGCUCGAUAGAAUUUUUUUAUUUUAUGCUAAUUUAUUUAUGAAGACUAGAUCUAUAAUUUGCAAAGUGCGUGGCUUGCGAUUCUCAAUAUAUAAGAAGUUCUAUCGACUCAUAUGAGAAGUACUUACUCCCCCCCCCCCCUCCGUGAGCGAACAAAACCAUUAGAAAAAUCGCCAUUUUUUGACCAAAAACCCACCCUCCGUGAGUGAACAAAAAUUUUUUUAAUAGAAAAAAAUUUUAAUGGAAAAAAAAAUUUUGAUAUAUAAGUGAUAAUUAGUAUAAUGAAAUCUAGAGCUAAUUCUGUUUAAUUUUAAACAAAUUGCGUUUUAAAACAUAAAUUUUGCAAAUUAAAUUAAUAUUUGCUUCCCAAUUUUUGCAAAUUAGGAUUUUUUUUAAAUUUCGAAAAAAAUAUUUUUUAUAAAAUGUAUAUAUAAAUUGUUUUUAAAAAAAAAAAUUAACCCCCCUCCGUGAGCGAACAAAAUUUUUUUGUUCGCUCACGGAGGGGGGGGGGGGAGUUAGCAAAAAUUUAAUAUGGCUUAUAAGUGAAAAUCUAAAACUUGCAACUCGAUGUGCAUUUUUCCGGCUCGAUAGAAUUUCUUUAUUUUAUGCUAAUUUAUUAAUGAAGAUGAGAGCUAUAAUUUGCAAAGUGCGUGGCUUGUGAUUCUCAAUAUAUACAAAGUUCUUAUCGACUAAGAUGAGAAGUACUUACUCCCCCCCCCCCCUCCGUGAGCGAACAAAACCAUUAGAAAAAUCGCCAUUUUUUGACCAAAAACCCACCCUCCGUGAGUGAACAAAAAAUUUUUUUAAUAGAAAAAAUUUUAAUGGAAAAAAUUUUGAUAUAUAAGUGAUAAUUAGUAUAAUGAAAUCUAGAGCUAAUUCUGUUUAAUUUUAAACAAAUUGCGUUUUAAAACAUAAAUUUUGCAAAUUAAAUUAAUAUUUGCUUCCCAAUUUUUGCAAAUUAGGAUUUUUUUAAAUUUCGAAAAAAAUAUUUUUUAUAAAAUUUAUAUAUAAAUUUUUUUUAAAAAAAAAAUUAACCCCCCUCCGUGAGCGAACAAAAUUUUUUUGUUCGCUCACGGAGGGGGGGGGGGAGUUAGCAAAAAUUUAAGUGAAAAUAAAAAAUUUGAAACUCAAUGUGCAUUUUUCCGGCUCGAUAGAAUUUCUUUAUUUUAUGCUAAUUUAUUUAUGAAGACUAGAGCUAUAAUUUGCAAAGUGCGUGGCUUGCGAUUCUCAAUACAUAAGAAGUUCUUAUCGACUCAUAUGAGAAGUGCUUACUCCCCCCCCCCCCCUCCGUGAGCGAACAAAAAAAUUUUGUUCGCUCACGGAGGGGGGUUAAUUUUUUUUUUUUAAAAAAAAUUUAUAUAUAAAUUUUAUAAAAAAUAUUUUUUUUCGAAAUUUAAAAAAAUCCUAAUUUGCAAAAAUUGGGAAGCAAAUAUUAAUUUAAUUUGCAAAAUUUAUGUUUUAAAAAACGCAAUUUGUUUAAAAUUAAACAGAAUUAGCUCUAGAUUUCAUUAUACUAAUUAUCACUUAUAUAUCAAAAAUUUUUUUCCAUUAAAAUUUUUUCUAUUAAAAAAAUUUUUUGUUCACUCACGGAGGGUGGGUUUUUGGUCAAAAAAUGGCGAUUUUUCUAAUGGUUUUGUUCGCUCACGGAGGGGGGGGGGGAGUUAGCAAAAAUUUAAUAUGGCUUAUAAGUGAAAAUCUAAAACUUGCAACUCAAUGUGCAUUUUUCCGGCUCGAUAGAAUUUCUUUAUUUUAUGCUAAUUUAUUUAUGAAGACUAGAUCUAUAAUUUGCAAAGUGCGUGGCUUGCGAUUCUCAAUAUAUAAGAAGUUCUAUCGACUCAUAUGAGGAAUACUUAGCAAAAAUCAAUAUGGCUUAUAAGUGAAAAUCAAAAAUUUGCAACUCGAUGUGCAUUUUUCCGGUUCGAUGGAAUAUCUUUAUUUUAUGCUAAUUUAUUUAUGAAGACAAGAUCUAUAAUUUGCAAAGUGCGUGGCUUGUGAUUCUCAAUAUAUGCAAAGUUCUUAUCGACUCAUAUGAGAAGUACUUACUCCCCCCCCCCCUCCGUGAGCGAACAAAAAAAUUUUGUUCGCUCACGGAGGGGGGUUAAUUUUUUUUUUUAAAAAAAAUUAUAUAUAAAUUUUUAUAAAAAAUAUUUUUUUCGAAAUUUAAAAAAAUCCUAAUUUGCAAAAAUUGGGAAGCAAAUAUUAAUUUAAUUUGCAAAAUUUAUGUUUUAAAAAACGCAAUUUGUUUAAAAUUAAACAGAAUUAGCUCUAGAUUUCAUUAUACUAAUUAUCACUUAUAUAUCAAAAUUUUUUUCCAUUAAAAUUUUUUCUAUUAAAAAAAUUUUUUGUUCACUCACGGAGGGUGGGUUUUUGGUCAAAAAAUGGCGAUUUUUCUAAUGGUUUUGUUCGCUCACGGAGGGGGGGGGGGAGUUAGCAAAAUUUAAAUAUGGCUUAUAAGUGAAAAUCAAAAAACUUUCAACUCAAUGUGCAUUUUUCCGGCUCGAUAGAAUUUCUUUAUUUUAUGCUAAUUUAUUAAUGAAGACUAAAACUAUAAUUUGCGAAGUGCGUGUCUUGUGAUUUUAAAUAUAUACAAAGUUCUUAUCGGCCCAUAUGAGAAAUACUUACUCCCCCCCCCCCCUCCGUGAGCGAACAAAACCAUUAGAAAAAUCGCCAUUUUUUGACCAAAAACCCACCCUCCGUGAGUGAACAAAAAUUUUUUUAAUAGAAAAAAUUUUAAUGGAAAAAAAUUUUGAUAUAUAAGUGAUAAUUAGUAUAAUGAAAUCUAGAGCUAAUUCUGUUUAAUUUUAAACAAAUUGCGUUUUAAAACAUAAAUUUUGCAAAUUAAAUUAAUAUUUGCUUCCCAAUUUUUGCAAAUUAGGAUUUUUUUAAUUUCGAAAAAAAAUAUUUUUUAUAAAAUUUAUAUAUAAAUUUUUUUUUAAAAAAAAAAAAAUUAACCCCCCUCCGUGAGCGAACAAAAUUUUUUUGUUCGCUCACGGAGGGGGGGGGGGGGAGUUAGCAUAAUUAAAUAUUGAUUAAAAUUAAAAUAUCUUAAGUUUUAAAUUAUUUUAAUAAUAAAUCCAUUUUAAAAAUUGGCGCGUUUACUUGUCAACUUUUUUCAGACUUGUCACCAUUUUUUGGCAUGUCACUUUUUAGCACUUCCUGAUAUAGAUAUCCAGCCCGUUCCUUUAAUAGAGUCUCUCUUGGUCGUUCAAUAACCCAGUACAUUUUGCUCGAUAAAGAAAUCUAUAAAGGGGUAUGAGCUAUAUACAAGAAAAAAUUAAAGAAAAUCAAAACGAUGAAGAAUUAAAACUAAAAAGAUUUAAAAAUAAGCAGGAUAUUUAUGAAAAAGACAAGAGCAAUUUUUCUCUUGAAAAUAAAGAGAUAAGCAAUAGACAAGCUCCAAGCUAUAGAGAAGGGAAUUACGAUAUCAGUUUAGCAAUUAAGAAUCAAAACGGAAUGAAAUUUAUAAGAAGCAACAGCACCAAUAACUUUGAAAAUAAAGACAAAAAAUCUGACAAUACUUCAAGUCUAACGGAUAGAAAAUUUUCUAAUGAAAAACCUGACCUGUCUCUGUCUCCACAAACAAAAGGUAGAGAGAGAUAUAUUAACAAUUUAUUAAAUAUCCUACUGCAGAUUUAUUGAUAUAUUGAGCAUUAUAAGCAGAUCUGUAUGUGCCAGGGAAUUGGCAAUUUUUUUUGAAUCUAUUCAUAUGGAGAAGGUAUAUAUUAUUUUAAAUUAAGUGGUAUGCCAAUAAUAAUAUAAAAAUCUUAUAAGACUAGCUUAUUGGCAAAGCUUCAGCACUAAAUUUAUUCAAAAAUGUAUAAAUUCAGUAAAAGCGUAAAACGGACCCAAGGUUUAGCAGACUAUUUAAUCAAAUCAAAACUCAUAGAAAAGGAUGAGUUUCCUUCAGAAUUUUUAGACAAUGCUUAUAAAAAGACAUCAGAUAGCCCUGAAAGGCCAACCCAAAGCGAUCAAGCCUUAUCAAUCCCUUUUUCCGAAUCAAAGUCUACAGAAGAUCUUCUAAGAUCCAAUAUAAAAAGAAAAGAAGGCAAAGAUUUUUCAUUAAAAACGUUUGAUUACCGGAAUAUUGUGGCAGGAAAUGAAAGUUUAUGGAGACAAAGGAUGAGAGCUUAUUAUUAUCACAGAGUCAAGCCAGAUUUCAGCCCAAUUCCAAGCGAAAAGAAAAAAAUCGAACUUGAUUUAAUAAAAGAGAGACUAGGAGAGUCUAAAAGACGCAGGACUGCAGUCGCUAAAUUGUCGCUGGGCUUAUCACUGCAUAAAAUUGGCUAA